AUGUCGAAUUCCCUUCUUGAACUGGCAGCUCAACUAACACGAAUAUUUGUUCCUAUCAUAAUUAUUAUCGGUGUGCUGAGUAAUUCGUUGAACAUUAUUCUUCUAACUCGGCCAGCUCUAAUCAACCACGCUUGUUCGCUUUAUUUUAUCGCAUUAGCAAUUACGAACACCUUCUAUUCAAGUCUAUUAUUAGCUGUUAAUCUUCUAGCUGAUGGUUAUAAUCUCGAUCCAACGCGGUACUCAUCUGUGUUCUGUAAAAUUCUCAGUUAUCUUUUAAAUUUUUGUCCAACUUUAUCAGUUUAUUUCAUUGUUUUUGCGUCGAUUGAUCGCUAUUUCGCGAGUUCCAUAAGCGCCCGAAGACGAAAUUUAAGUAACGUUCAUGUAGCACGAUGGUCAAUUGCAAUACUCAUCAUCAGUUUCGUCUUGUUUUUUACCGGGACUUUAAUUUCAUUCGAUAUUUCCUACAAUGGAGAGUAUCGUUGUACCAUCCAAUCCGACAUAUUUUUCAAUCAAAUUUUUCUCACGGUUCAUCUGGCUAUCUACGUCAUUAUCGCUCCGAUAUCAAUGAUACUGUUUGGCUUUUUGACAAUCUACAAUAUCAAACAGGUUCGCUUUCUCCCCGUUCGAAUUUCUCGAUAUCGACGCACUGAAGGUCAACUUUCGCGUAUGCUCUUUCUUCAAGUUGGCACACAUAUUGUUCUCACUCUGCCGUUCUGUGUCAUAUUCUCGAUGUUAAUUCUCCCAUUACCAAUACAACAGACGGAAAACUUUCAAUUCGCUUACAUUAUUUGUAAAAUUCCAUUCUAUUUCACCGUGACUACUUCGUUUUUCCUAUACGUACUUUCGGCUCGAGUUUAUCGAGAAGAACUCAUUCGACUAGUGGAGACAAUAUUCAAAUCUCGUUUUUAUAUUAGCCUAUUCGCGACUCGAGCUACUGUCGUCAUCACCGUUCCAUCAAAUGGACAUCGGUUUUCUUUCGAGACCUCGUGA